AUAAACUUCCGUGGCGGGAAAACUUGGGAAGUUUUCGCGCCAGGGCGGAGUCACGCGUUUGUUUCGGGACUGUUUGGUGGCCGGCGAUUUCGGGGCAGCGGCAUGGCGGGCACCGUAGUGCUGGACGAUGUAGAGCUGCGGGAAGCUCAGAGAGACUACUUGGACUUCCUGGAUGACGAGGAAGACCAAGGAAUUUACCAGAACAAAGUUCGUGAGUUGAUCAGUGACAACCAGUAUCGGCUGAUUGUCAGCGUGAAUGACCUGCGCAGGAAAAAUGAAAAGAGGGCUAACCGCCUCCUGAACAAUGCUUUUGAGGAGCUGGUCGCCUUCCAGCGGGCCUUGAAGGAUUUUGUGGCCUCCAUUGAUGCUACCUAUGCCAAGCAGUAUGAUGAGUUCUACAUAGGAUUGGAAGGCAGCUUCGGCUCAAAGCACGUCUCUCCCCGGACUCUCACUUCCUGCUUUCUCAGCUGUGUGGUCUGUGUGGAAGGCAUUGUUACUAAAUGCUCUCUGGUUCGCCCCAAAGUUGUUCGCAGUGUUCACUACUGUCCUGCUACUAAGAAGACCAUAGAGCGACGCUACUCUGACCUCACCACCCUCGUGGCUUUCCCAUCCAGUUCUGUUUAUCCCACAAAGGAUGAAGAAAACAACCCUCUGGAGACAGAGUAUGGCCUGUCUGUCUACAAGGACCACCAGACCAUCACCAUCCAAGAGAUGCCAGAGAAGGCCCCUGCCGGUCAGCUUCCUCGCUCUGUGGAUGUCAUUCUCGAUGAUGACCUGGUGGAUAAAGUGAAGCCUGGUGACAGAAUACAGGUGGUGGGGACCUACCGCUGCCUUCCAGGGAAGAAGGGUGGCUACACAUCAGGGACCUUCAGGACUGUCCUGAUUGCCUGCAACGUGAAGCAGAUGAGCAAGGAUAUUCAGCCUGCAUUCUCUGCAGAUGAUAUAGCCAAGAUCAAGAAGUUCAGCAAAACUCGCUCCAAGGAUGUCUUUGAACAGCUGGCCCGCUCGUUGGCCCCCAGCAUCCAUGGGCAUGACUAUGUCAAGAAGGCAAUCCUCUGCUUGCUCCUGGGAGGGGUAGAGCGGGAACUGGAAAACGGCAGCCACAUCCGUGGAGACAUCAAUAUUCUUCUAAUAGGUGACCCAUCAGUUGCCAAGUCACAGCUUCUGCGGUAUGUGCUUUGCACGGCACCCAGGGCCAUUCCCACCACGGGUCGGGGCUCGUCUGGAGUGGGUCUCACAGCUGCUGUCACUACCGACCAGGAAACAGGGGAGCGCCGCCUGGAAGCUGGUGCUAUGGUCCUGGCUGACCGAGGAGUGGUUUGCAUCGAUGAGUUUGACAAGAUGUCUGACAUGGACCGCACAGCCAUCCACGAGGUGAUGGAGCAAGGUCGAGUGACCAUCGCAAAGGCUGGCAUCCAUGCCCGGCUCAAUGCCCGUUGCAGUGUGUUGGCAGCUGCCAAUCCGGUCUAUGGCAGGUAUGAUCAGUAUAAGACACCCAUGGAGAACAUUGGGCUGCAGGACUCCCUGCUGUCUCGAUUUGACCUGCUCUUCAUCAUGCUGGAUCAGAUGGAUCCUGAACAGGAUCGGGAGAUCUCAGACCACGUCCUUAGGAUGCACCAAUACCGGGCCCCAGGGGAGCAGGAUGGUGACGCUUUGCCAUUGGGUAGUUCAGUGGAUAUCCUGGCCACAGACGAUCCCGACUUUACCCAGGAUGACCAGCAAGAUACCCGGGUUUAUGAGAAGCAUGACAACCUUCUACAUGGGACCAAGAAGAAAAAGGAGAAGAUGGUGAGCGCAGCUUUCAUGAAGAAGUACAUCCACUUGGCCAAAAUUAUUAAGCCCACCCUGACGCAGGAGUCCGCAGCCUACAUUGCAGAAGAAUACUCACGCCUGCGCAGCCAGGACAGCAUGAGCUCAGACACUGCCCGGACAUCUCCAGUUACAGCACGAACACUGGAAACUCUGAUUCGACUGGCCACAGCCCAUGCGAAGGCCCGGAUGAGCAAGACUGUGGACCUGCAGGAUGCGGAGGAAGCUGUGGAGCUCGUUCAGUAUGCUUAUUUCAAGAAGGUUCUGGAGAAGGAGAAGAAACGUAAGAAGCCAAGUGAAGAUGAGUCAGACCUGGAAGAUGAAGAGGAGAAGAGCCAGGAGGACACUGAGCAGAAGCGGAAAAGGAGGAAGACUCAUGCCAAGGAUGGGGAGUCCUAUGACCCUUAUGACUUCAGUGAAGCAGAGAAGGAAAUGCCUCAAGUGCACACCCCGAAGACUGACGAUUCUCAAGAGAAAACCGAUGAGUCUCAGGAGACCCAGGAAUCCCAGAAAGUGGAGCUUAGUGAGUCCAGGCUGAAGGCUUUUAAGGCGGCCCUCUUAGAAGUGUUCCAGGAAGCUCACGCGCAGUCUGUGGGCAUGAUCCACCUCACAGAAUCCAUCAAUCGGAAUAAAGAAGAGCCCUUCUCCUCAGAGGAAAUCCAGGCUUCACUGAGCCGGAUGCAGGAUGAUAACCAGGUCAUGGUGUCUGAGGGCAUCGUCUUCCUUAUCUGAAGUUGUUGCUGCCAGUGCUGCCCUGUCCCCAGCUUUUGUCUCCAUCCUCCAGUAACUUUUCAGUGAUGGAAGCUGAUGGUGAGACUAUCAGGACUUGGUGGAAGCUUUGUGAAUGACUUCUGCUGUGGGGCAAGAGCUGGAGGGGAGGCCAGGACUCGGCUGAGGGCCUGCCUCACAUGCCUUCCAUCCUAAACGUGGGAAGUCUUCACGACUUGAGUUGGGUUUCUGGGCAUAGCUGGUUUCUGCGUUUGUUACUUGUGUUUUUACGCCCACUCCCAUCCCCCAAGCACUUUAGUCCAGGCAGCCUUGGGCCAGAGUGGCUCAGGCAUAUCACAAAGUUGGAUUGGAGAAAGCUUUCUUUGCAAUUAGACUAGUAUGUAUUGUUGACCUAAAUAUCCAAGACAUUGAUACUGAGUAAAUAUAAAUAUUUUGUACAUGUGGACUUCAUGUUCUGUGCUUUAAAAAAAAAUACAUUUGUUUAUAUCUACCA